UCAAAAUACAUAAACUGUUUUCUGUAUUUCGUUUCCUUGUUUUAAUGUUUUAUUAUGAUUUUAAAACACCAUUAAAAAGACUCGGAAAUGAAGAAACUACUUAAAUUAAAUUACAUUUUAUUAUUUGAUAUUUUAAUAUAAUUUUAUUUUAUUAAGUUCAACCAACAUCUAACAAAAUGUCUACUGGAGAAGUUGUAAUGGAAGUGCCAACAAGCUUAAAACGUCUUGCACGAUUAGUUGUAAGAGGUUUUUACACCAUAGAAGAUGCACUUAUAAUUGACAUACUGGUUAGGAAUCCUUGUAUGAAAGAGGAUGACAUGUGUGAAUUAUUAAAAUUUGAAAGAAAAAUGCUUAGACAACGUAUAUCUAUACUGAGAAGUGAAAAAUUUUUACAAACUAGAUUGAGAAUGGAAACUGGUGCUGAUAGUAAGGCACAGAAAGUCAACUAUUAUUUUAUAAAUUACAAGUCUUUUGUGAACAUGGUUAAGUAUAAACUUGAUUGUAUGCGAAAGAAAAUGGAGACACAAGAACGUAAUGCAACAAGUCGAGCCAGUUUUAAAUGUGUACAGUGUUUUAAAACAUUUACCGAUUUAGAAGCUGAUAUGUUGUUUGAUUUUCAAACCAACGAAUUCCAUUGUACUUUUUGUGGGGAGUUGGUUGAAGAAGAUACUUCAGUUCUACCACAACAAGAUUCUCGUGUAAUGUUAGCUAACUUCAAUGAAGUUGUAGAACCUUUUUAUUCGAUACUCCGUGAAUUAGAUGGUAUCCGCCUUGCACCAGAACUUCUCGAACCUGAACCUACCCGUAUUUUAGGACUGGAAUCAGCAACAUCACAGUCUUCUGGCAGUAAACAAACUAAUGGUAUGGAACGAUGGGGACCUGAUAAAAUGCGAAAUAUGGAUUCGAAUAAUUCUAAAAUGGAAGUUACUAUUGGAGAAGACCUUCAAGAUAAUCGCCCAGUUAUUAAAGAACGGCCUAUAUGGUUAACAGAAAGUACUGUUGUAGAAAAUACUUCUACUCGGGAUUCAAUUGAAAUGGACACUAAAGAUCAAACUGAAGGAGCUCCAAUAGAAUUCACUCCUGAUGUAGAUAUAAUGACUGUCUUACUGCAACACGAAAAACGUGCUGAUCAAACUGAUGGGCCUGGUAAGAAAAGUGGUCAGGACGUGGAUUCAAGUGAUGAAGAUUUUUCAAAAACCAUAAAGAAUGAACCAUCUAUUGGUUCAGGGGUUGAAGAGCUAACAUCAGAAGAAGAAGAAGAAGAUGAUGAAGACGUACCUUUGGUCAGUGUGGCUGGGCGUCGUGUACCAAUAACAGAAGUAGUAAACAUGACUGAUGCCAUUAGUCAAAUGACUCCAUCAGAAAAAGAACAUUACAUACAAGUUUAUCAAGACUAUUUUUCUGCAUUGGGCGAUUAAAUGUUCUAUAAUGACAACUAGGUUGUGAUCUUAAAAUAUAUUGUAAUAAUAAUGAUUCAAUAUAAAUGUAUAUUUUGUUGUAAUUUUAAUUGAAUCCAUGUAUGUGGAGUAUAGGAAAUAUUAAUCAAUUUAUUGAUUGGAUUAUAUUAUAUUUUUAAAUUA